AUGCAGAGAGGGCAGGGGUUACUUACCCUUAAACCGAAGGGCAGUUUUCAGGUCACAGGUGUCCUCAUCCUUAGCCCUUUGGUGUCUAUGCUCAGACAGGUGUACCCCAAUAGUCAUACUCUGCUUUUUGCCCUAUACCCACGCAUACGCAUCAUUGGACAACAUAUGGGUUGCAAGCUGCAUGCAAAGCACAGAGAGACAGAUAAGCCUCGCCAGGACCACAGAGUUACCAUUGAGUGCAAAUCCUCUCUAAAUUUGGCGUCUAAUGUGUCCAAAGACACGGGAGUAGAACACUCAUGCAAGUUCUUUGGAGUCACCUCACAAAUAAAGGACUCCGGAAUCGAUCCAAAAAUAAAAACCCUUUCCUGGAUAGGAUCGUAUCCUCUGGUAUCAAGAGCAAGGGUUCCAGUUUUGUGUUCUUCCACAGUGGUUCAUGUGCGUUUUGGCGAACCACCAUCACCCAAGACAGCUGGCAUCAUGGCGGCCCUGGAGCAACUUACAAGGCAAAUGGCACAAAUGCAACAAGAUAACCAAGUCCGCUUUGAAGGGCUGCAGAAAACCAAUGAGGAAGUAAGUGAGAGAUUAGAGGUAAUGGAAAGGAGAAGAAGAGGCCAAGAUUCAAGCACUCAUACUACGGAAGUGAAGGGGCAGGAGAUUAUGAGAGACCAAGAGGAAGGAGGAAUCAUGAGGAUCAUACACCAAGGAAGGCGGACCAAGUUUUAA